AUGCUGGGUCGGGGAGGUCGCGUAGUCGCAGUCGCUGCUGCUCCGCCUCUUCUGGCGUCUGCUGCGACGGUACCGGCCCCUGCUGCUGCUCAUGUGGCUCCGCUUCUGCCCUCUCCUGCUGCGACUGCAGCUGCACCCGCUGUUGCGACCGGGACUCCUGCGCUACCCUCUCCUGCUGCGGUCGUGAAUCCUCCUCUACUCUCUCCUACUGGGUCUGUAACUGCACCUGUUGCUGUGGGUGGGACCUCUGCUCUACCAUCUUCUGGUGCGGCCGGGACUGCUCCUCUACUCUCUCCUGCUGUAUCUGUAACUGCACCUUCUGCUGUGGGCGGGACUCCUGCUCUACCCUCUCCCGGUGCGGCCGUGACUCCUCCUCUACACUCUCUUGCUGCGGCUGUGACUCCCCCUCUACUCUCUCCUGCUGCUGCUGCUGUGCCCUCUCAAACCGCUCACGCUCCUCUCUCUCCAACCGAAGCAGGCGCUGCUCACGGGCUCCGCAGCAACCGGCGGCAGAGAAGGACGAGGAGGAAGCUGCGGGACGGACGGGAAGCCAGGGGGUGA